GCUUACUCUCUAUGCUGCCUUCCCCACUCUUUGUCAGCGGCAACUAAAACCCUCCUCCUUCCAACAACCAUUGCUUCUAAAACCCUACUGCUUCAAUCAAUCACAAUCAGCAGCCAUGAAUUCCCCCCUCGAAGAAUCCGACGUCGGGAUCUCCUUCUACAUAUCCCCUCUCCCUGGUUUUCGAGGCAUUCUCAAGCAAAGGUAUUGUGACUUUGUAGUCAAUGAAGUAGAUUUGGAUGGAAAUGUUGUUCAUUUGACCUCCUUAGAUGCGCCAGCAGAGCCAACAGAGGAACAUAAAACGAAGAUGCCAGAUCAACUGAAAGGUGAUCAGGGUGCUGAAAUCGAAUUGUUUAGAGAUCUAGUUGGUGACUCUGAUGCCAACUCUCUGAAGGAAUUUAUAGAUAAAAUUAAUUCAGAUGUUGAAGAUGGAGCUACAUCCAUUGUUCUUUCUCCAAGUUCUGAUAAAGUCCACCGCACGGCAGUACAUAACUUUUUCAAAGAAAGACUCAAGUUCUUGGUUACCGACACAGUAGAUGGACCUGAUCCCUCGUCAAAAUGCAUCCGCGUAAGACUGAAUUCAGGAGAGGAUAAUGGCAGAGGCCAAGGUUCUAAGAAGCGGAAAGGCAGAGGCGAGACCCCUUAUGACAGUCGAGGUUCAGAUCAUUGGCCCGAGCAUCUUGGAAAGUUCCUUAGGUUCCAUCUUUGCAAGGAAAACAAGGAUACACAAGAGGCAUUAGGGGUGAUUGGAAAGAUGCUUGGCAUUCAGCCAAGGUCAUUUGGAUUUUCUGGUACGAAAGAUAAACGUGCAGUAACAACUCAAAGGGUCACUGUAUUCAAACAGCGUGCAAAUAAAGUGGCUAGUCUAAAUAAAAGAUUGAUUGGAAUUAAAAUCGGUGACUUUUGGGGGGUGGUUGCAGAUUCGGAGGAUACUGUAAAAGCAGCUGCAGAUGCUUUAGGAAAGCAUGGCUUCAUAAACUAUUUUGGCAUGCAGCGAUUUGGCACUGGUUCUGUGCCUACUCACCUUAUUGGUUCUAAACUACUUCGAGGAGAAUGGAAAGCCGCAGUCAGCGUUAUUCUUGAUCCAAGGGAUGGUGAAAAGGAUGACAUAAGGAGGAUUCGGGAUUAUUACAAGGAAAGUGAAGAUAUUGACGAGACCUUGAGACAAUUACCUCGUUAUCUUGUAGCUGAAAGGGCCAUAUUGCAGUGUUUGAAAAAGUGUCCAGGGAACUACUUGCAAGCUCUGAAAGCUGUACCUAGGACCCUUAGAAUGAUGUAUGUGCACAGUUACCAAAGCUAUCUGUGGAACCAUGCUGCCAGCAUGAGAGUACAGAAAUAUGGGACUGACAAAGUGGUGGUAGGGGAUUUGGUCUAUUGCAAUGAGGAAAGUUCUAACGAAAUUAAGCAAGUCCAUGAUUCUGACUAUGAAGACAUUGGGCACAAUGAUUCAUCUGAGAAUAACCAUUUAGACGAGGCUGACCCACUUUCAUCUGAAGGAAGUAGUAGCUCAGUAAAGGUCAUUAAUGAUGAAGACAUUCUUUCGGGGAAUUAUACAGUUACUGACGUUGUCCUUCCAUUGCCUGGUUCAAGGGUAAUUUACCCACAGAAUGACAUUGAACAAUAUUAUCAAGAUUUGGCCGACAAGGAUGGUGUCAGCUUGACAGAGUGUCUACAUAAUGUCAAGGAGUUCUCGUUAACCAGCAUGACUGGAGCAUAUCGGCGAGUAUUUGGAAAGGCAAAGGAUUUUGAAUGGGAGUUGAUCAAGUAUACAGAUGUAAGUAUCCCAUUGACCAUGACGGAUUUAGAUAUCAUUACGAAGGCCAACGAAGGUGGCAAGUGGCAGUUUGAGAGCUCAGGAAAGGAGAUUGAUGUGCCAACACCGAAUGGAGAAGCAAUAUUGCAAGAGAAGGACUCUUCAAGUGUGCCCACUGCUCCUGGGGACCAACUAGCCCUCAAAUUGAGCUUUACGCUUCCAGCGUCUUGCUAUGCAACUAUGGCGAUUAGGGAGCUGCUGAAAACCUCAACUUCUGUUGCUUUUCACAAAGCAUUAAAUCAGUAAGACUUGUCGGGAUAUGGAGUAUACGAGGUCAAGAAUGGAAAAAGGGAAACCCUAAUUUGGGUAGGCGAAUUUUGUGUUUUUACUGUCUUGUUCAAAAAGUGGAAUUGGAUGGCCUUAGAUGAGAGUAAUUCCUGAUAUAUUUUUGCAGUUUUGUAGCAUGCAUCAGUCUAAUUCAAAAGCAGGAGUGUGUG